GCCCGCUGCUGUCUUGCGACCGGGGGUAAUUGACAGGGGCUUCAGAAGUAGAAGCAGCAGCAGUAGCAGCAGAGGGAGCAUUGCGGAGGGGAAUCAUGGCGGAGAGAGGAUUGUCGAGGAUCGGGCUGGCGGGGUUGGCGGUGAUGGGGCAGAAUUUGGCCCUCAACAUCGCCGAGAAGGGGUUUCCAAUCUCGGUGUACAACAGGAGCAACAACAAGGUCGAUGAAACGAUCGAGAGGGCCAAGGCCGAGGGCAGUCUGCCGCUGAAAGGCUACUACGAUCCGAGGGAAUUCGUGGAGUCCAUCGCCAAGCCGCGCGCCAUCAUCAUCCUCGUGAAGGCCGGCGCGCCCGUGGAUCAGACCAUCGCCACGCUGUCGGAGUUUCUGGAGCCCGGCGACUGCAUCAUCGAUGGCGGCAACGAGUGGUACGAGAACACCGAGCGGCGGGCCGAGCUCGUCAAGGCCAAGGGCCUGCACUAUUUGGGCAUGGGAGUCUCGGGCGGCGAGGAGGGCGCUCGCCGAGGCCCCUCGAUGAUGCCCGGAGGCACUCUCGAGGCCUACAAGUACAUCGAGGACAUCGUCACCAAGGUCGCGGCCCAGGUCGACGACGGGCCCUGCGUCACGUACAUCGGGCCCGGAGGCGCCGGCAAUUUCGUCAAGAUGGUGCACAACGGGAUCGAGUAUGGCGACAUGCAGCUCAUCUCCGAGGCUUACGACGUGCUCAAAUCCGUGGGCGGAUUGAGCAACCGCGAGCUUCACGAGACCUUCACCGAGUGGAAUCGCGGCGAGCUCGAGAGCUUCUUGAUCGAAAUCACUGCGGACAUUUUCGGCGUGCAGGACGAGCAGGGCGAGGGCGAGCUGGUGGACAAAAUUCUCGACAAAACCGGCAUGAAGGGCACGGGCAAGUGGACGGUGCAGCAGGCGGCCGAGCUCUCGAUCGCCGUGCCCACCAUCGCCGCCUCGUUGGAUUCGCGCUUCCUCAGUGGCCUCAAGGAAGAGCGCGUGGCGGCCGCCAGCGCCUUCAAGCAGUAUGGCGUGGGCGACAUCUUGGCGCAGAAGGACAUCGACAAGAAGCAGCUGAUCGACGACGUGCGCAAAGCGCUGUACGCGUCCAAGAUCUGCAGCUACGCGCAGGGCAUGAACCUCAUCCGCGCCAAGGGCAUGGAGAAGAGCUGGAACCUGAACCUCGGCGAAAUCUCCCGCAUCUGGAAGGGCGGCUGUAUCAUUCGAGCGAAAUUUCUCGACCGCAUCAAGGCCGCCUACGAUCGCGACUCCAACAUCGCCAGCUUGCUCUUGGAUCCCGAUUUUGCCAAGGAGAUGGUCGAGCGCCAAGGCGCCUGGAGGCGCGUGGUGACUCUGGCCAUCGGCGUCGGCAUCAGCACCCCGGGCAUGAGUGCCAGCCUCGCCUACUUCGAUUCGUACCGCCGCCAGCGCCUGCCCGCCAACCUCUUGCAGGCGCAGCGAGAUUACUUCGGCGCACACACGUACGAGCGCAUCGACAAGGACGGCGCCUUCCACACCGAGUGGUACAAAAUCUCGCAGAAAAACAAGCAAGUGUCCAAUUUGUAGUCCUCUCGUGUACAUGUCUGUCAUCUCGUGUAGUUAGCGUUCGGGAAUUCUCCGUGGCUGCAAUAAGGUUUACGAAAACAAGAAGAGAAAAGAGAGAGAUCGGUGCGAGCCGAAUUAGGGCCUGUAGGAUAAUUUGUUAAUAAAGUGCGAGCACAUUACAGCUCAAUUUUCCAU